AUGGUUGAGAUUUUUGAUCCUAGCAAGGACAGAUUCAUUGUACAAGACUUGGUUGGCGAAGUGUCUCUCGGUGCCGUGGAUGUUGAGUGCAUCUUGGCCUUGGAGAACCACAGACUGUCGGCAGAAGGUAUUCUCGGUGAGGAAGGUGAGGAUGUUAAAGAUCGAGUGCCGCCUCAAUUCCUGAGCAAGACCACAGGUAACAUAGUCAUCGAUGAUCUGAUUGUGGACAUCACAAAAAAUAAAUCCGCCGACGACGAUUUCCUUCGGAGAGUUGUCCUCGUGUUGCUUGGAACAGUUCUUGCUCCCAUGUCGAGCAAGACUGUACCAAAGCAAUAUUACGCAUUGGUGGACGAUGUGAAGCGUAUAUCCAAGAUUAAUUGGAAUGCAUUCACCCUCCGGGUUCUGCUGGACUGCCUUCGCAACGUGAGGAAAGGCAAACACCUCCGCCAAUGGCCGAGAGGGAACUUAGCUCUCCUGCAGUACCUGUACUGGGAGAAGGUUCAGCCUCUGGAAGGUGAAUGCGCAUUCAAUCCUAGCUUGUCCAUGGAACCUCUAAUGAGGAAUUGGACUGAAGCUGCAGCCUCAAGGAGAGACAAGUUUGAUUAUGACCACGGCCGUGGCCGUGGUAACAUCAAGAUUGAAGACAACAUAACCAAGGAGUAUAGGGCGCGGGAGCGCAAAGUACCCGAACCAGAAAAGCCAAAAAUGAAGCCCGCCGUUGGUGCGGCAAAGAAGUCCAAGUUAGCCUCAAACGCGGACGAGAUGAUGAACCUCAUCAUGAAGUGGUGUAUGGAUUACAUACGCAGCCAAAUGAAGGAAAUACCGGAACAAGUAGCCGAGAGAUUGUUAGAGAAGUUGAACCAAAAUGGUGUGAUGUACAAGCCAGCGGCUGCUGCGGCUUCCGGCAACAACGAUGCCGACCUAGAAGUGGAUUCCUUUGAGAAUGAGCCGGUGAUUGAUUUGACACAGCCUGACGAGCCUGUUGUAAACCAGAACAACGAUGAUGAGGAAAAAACACCUGCCAAGUUAAAUGUUGACAAGACAACGAAGCCUACUGAUGAGUGCGGCGCAACACCGGAGAACCCUUGGAUUGUAGCUCUGUUUAGUGACAAUGACAUGGAAGGCUCUGUUAAGGACGAUUUGACACCGGAACUCACCGAUGCUUCUGUUGCGUUUGUGGAGGCAGCUGCUCGGUCUGAGAAGAAUAUGACAAAAAGAGUUUACUACAAUGAACGUGGCACCUCUGUGACUGUGGAGAGUAUACGACCGAUUAUCGAUGCUUAUCAGACACAUUUGGCUCUGCGCGUUGGUCAUGAUCGGCACCUCUGUCCAGCCUGGAGGUCCAAAUACCUUGUUGAUCGUGCUAAGGCACGAGACAACCCUAAACCGUCGAAAUACAACAUGGAUAGUGCGCUGAGCAGAGCUGGAGCAGUACGUAGGGUUCUGGACGAGUAUACCGUCCGUGAUAAGUCAUUUAUCCCGUUGAAUGUUGGCAAUACACACUGGAUCACCGUGGUGAUGCACAACCUCAAGAAAGAAUUUCGAGUUUUUGAUUCGCUCUAUCCUCUCGAGUUCUCUCUCGACACUGUGAAAGCACUGCGACUAGCAAUAGCAAUUGAUAUGGAAGAGGCAAACCGUAUUACACCUGGCAAAUAUCCAGACGUCACUAAGUGGCCUAUCAUACCUCAGAUCGACAUGCCACUACAAGAGGACGGGAACUCUUGUGGCCUUUUUGUGAUUGAAGUUAUGGAGCGUUGGGACGGGGAUCGAUGGAACGCCGAUUUUACCCAGGGCACGGUUAAUGCAAGGAGAACGCGUCUCGUCGCCGAGUUGGUUCUCUCACCUACCAACACGCUUGAAUGUGUGAAGAACAAAAUCCGCGACAUCGCAAAGAAAAGCAAGGCUUGA